AUGGCAGAACGGAUUUUGAUGAACGAGUACAAGACUCUGGCAAAAGAACCAUGGAUGAAUAUUGAGUUGAACGAGGAGGAUAUCUUCAAGUGGACUAUCGGAUUGAUCGUGCUUAAUCCAGACUCCUUAUACUAUGGAGGCUAUUUCAAGGCUUCCAUGGAAUUCCCAAAGAACUACCCAUAUUCACCGCCUGAGUUCCGUUUCCUACGCCCCCUUUACCACCCAAAUAUCUACGAAGAUGGCAGACUUUGCAUCUCCAUCCUUCAUGCCCCAGGCGAAGACGAGAUGUCCGGCGAACUAGCCUCGGAGAGAUGGUCCCCCGCUCAACGAGUUGAAUCCGUUCUCAUUUCCAUUCUCUCGCUGCUGGACGAUGCCGAAGUAUCCUCGCCCGCGAACGUCGACGCCGGAGUGAUGCUGCGAAAGGAACCCGAGAAAUACAAAUCCAUCGUCCGAAGCAACGUGGAGGCGUCGAAGAGUGACAUUCCCGAGGAUUUCGUCAUGCCAACUCACCAGUCCACUGCAGCGAAGCCUGUUGAAAAGGAUGACUCGGACUUCUGGGCGGAGAGUGAUGCUGACGAUGACGUCUUCGGUGGAAGUGACUCGGACGAGGAUCUGAACGUCGAUGAUCAGGAUACCGGCAGCGAAGAAGAUUAA